CUAUCUAUCUUUUCUUUUCGUGCUCGAACUCCAAUAAUGCACCGAGCAUUCAAGAUCAAUAAAAUCGAUAAAAGUGUCCAUCUAUUGAUCAGAAAUGCUUCGAAUCGUUUGACUGGUCGAUCGAAACAAUAGGUCAAAGACUUCUUUGUUUGAUUUAAUCAAUUUUAGAUGCUCGAUUGAUCAAUCAAAACAAAAAAAUCUUUUUAAUUCCAAACUAUUCGAAUCACUUUGUAAACCGAGUGCUCAAUAGUCUUGCGACAGCUACGAUAUAAACUGAUGGGCAAUAUACUUGGAAUGUUCACAAUAAAUUAUUCGUGAUAGAUACUUGACUGUCUUCUUGCAUGAUAAAAUGGAACCAAAAGUUCUAAGCCUAUCUAUACUCUUAAUUACAAUAUUAGCAUCGUCGAUCGCUCAAACUCAACAAAAGAAGAAAUCAUGGCGCGACAAGGAUAUAAGAGACAUGACGGAGGCUGAUCUAGAGCAUUUGCUGGAGCAGUGGGAAGAAAAUGAUGAACCUCUGGAACCAGAUGAAUUGCCAGAACACUUGCGACCCAGUCCAAAGAUAGAUUUAUCCCAGAUAGAUACUUCAAAUCCAGAUAAUUUGCUGAGAAUUACAAAGAAAGGGAAGGGCGUUAUGAUGUUUGUGGAUCUUGAGCCAGAUAUUUCGGAAGAGCAAGCCGAGAUUGUGAUGCGUAUUUGGCAGACCAGUCUGCAAAACAAUCAUAUUAUUGCAGAGAGAUAUCCAAUCGAUGUGAAACGUUCGAUAUACAUGUUUCGCGAAGGAUCUCAGGCUGUUGAUGCUAAAAAUUAUUUGCUGCAGCAACCCGAACUAUCUCAUCUCACCCUUGAAGGACAGACAUUUUAUAGUAAUGAAAAACAACAGUAUUUUACAAGCAUUAAAAUGGAGAUGCACAGCAAUCACAACAAAGCUAUAACAAAGGACAAGAACGAGCCUCCCUUCGGUAAGACGGAGGAUAUGAUUGCGUUAUUGAAUGCUCUCUUCAAUCGACACUCGAACAGGCAAAGAUUGCUGUUAACAAGAAAUCUUCAAUAAUUGAUUGGUUAAACAGUGAUAUAUUUGGCAAUGAUGAAUAUGGUAUACCUCUGGCAUUGUUACUUAUUGGAUUAUACGAGCAGUAUCCAUCGUCUGAACAAAGAAAUAAAGAGUGUAACUUUAGAGAAAUAUAUGUUU